AUCAGAGGAGAUCUCAAUUAGUACCUCUCCAUCACACCUGGUAGACCUCCAGAUGAACUGCUGCUAGCUGAAAACAUCAAAACACAUUCACACUCUCUUCUCUGUGGUACAUCAACCUUUUAAAUGGAGUCAUUUCAGCAGUUUCGUACACCUCCAUCGUACUUAUCAACAGAUCGAGGUCAAUCAGGGCAAGAUGGGAGGAUCUACCACAUCAACUCACCUUUCAGUCCUCCACAACCUCCACCCUUCUCCUUCUCUCCUGAUCUGGGCUGCUCCACCCAAACUCACUCACCUGUGACAGCGAUUGCUGGCCCUGGCCCUCCUCCCAGGCUGGGGUUUGUGAGCUAUGAACAGGAGCUGUUUCGCAUUCCGGCUGUGACAACAUGCCCUACCUGUCAGGAUCAGGUCACCUCGCAUGUCACCUACCAUGUCGGGAGGCACGCCUGGCUGAUGUGUCUUGUGUUUGUGUUAUGCGGGUUGGUGCUUGGAUGCUGCCUGAUUCCAUUUUUUGUGAACUACUUCAAGGACGCCUAUCACAUUUGUCCUCGCUGUGAACAGGUCCUCCACGUAGACUGGAGGACAUGCUGCGAAUGAACACCAACACAGUGAACUACAAACAAGUUAAUGUGAUGCUAAUGUGUUUUUUUCACAGCCAGGAUAACUUAGGUUUAGAUGUUUACUAGAUAAGGUGAAGACAUGUUGGUUCCUUUCAUGUAGAAUUUAGUGAUCUUUUUUAACUAUUUUUUUUUUAAUAUUAAUUUUAUUGACAAAUUUUGAUGACAACAUAUAAACCAAACAAAAAUCAAAACCCGUAACCCAUCCUAAAAAUUCACACACCUGCACUCGCACACUCACACAUUUUUUAAAAACAAUUUUAAUCAUGUUUUGUAACAAAAUCAUGUCAAAUAAAUGUUUUCUGUGGCAAUUUU